CCGCCGUUGUCCAAGAUUCAUUGUAACCAACAUUUGUCCCACCAUGAGUGCCCCCUCUGUCCCAGCACAAAGGCUCCGUCGUAGCAUUGCGUGUGACGAGUGUCGACGGCGCAAGCUCCGCUGCGAUGGCCAGAAACCGCAGUGCGGAAUUUGUCUAGAGACAGGAAUCGCGUGCGAAUUGACGCCGCGCAGGACUCGAGGUCCGAAGAAAGGUCACUUACGGGAUCUGAAGAACCGACUCGUACAGCUGGAGGGCCUGCUCGAUGGUCGCUUGCCAGCACAGAAUAUACAGCAAGAUUCUUCGGCUGCUCUGACGGAAAAUCGUGGCGAUGCAUCUGGAGCUGGGCUCAACCUGACUCCAGCGUUAUCUCCGUCAAGUUUAUCCAAUUUCGGUCAAGAUGGAAGCGGUGCGACAGAGACUUUGACCCCCCCGGGGGUUACGACGUCGUCUACUUUGGAGCAUGGGCCACUCUUGCAGGUGCGGUCCACGCCCACUGUGCCUUCUCCUUGCCAACCAACUUCCUCUCAGCCCACAAUCUCCACUCCGGGCGGUUCCCUUCCGCCCAUGACAAGGGCUUUGCAGGAGGAAUUGGAUCAACUCUACAUGGACAGGGCUCACCCCUCAAUUCCCAUUCUCCACCAGCGGCGAUACAUGACAUGGUCCAAGUCAACGGCACGGAAUGAAUCGCAACGGUGCUUGCAGUAUGCCAUGUGGGCAAUGGCCUCAUUGCUUUCCACCCAAUUCCGGGACAUGUUAGAGUUACUGUACCAAGAAGCAAAGCGGAUGUUGGAGCAUUUGACAUUGGAUGGAGAGGAAGAGGAUACUACCAGCAUUGGGACAGAGCUUGCUCAGGCAUGGGUGCUUAUCACCGCGUUUGAGUCGAUGCGGGCGUUUCAUCGGCGAGCGUGGAUGAGCGCGGGUCGUGCUUUUCGCUUGGUACAGGCUCUGCACUAUCAUGAGAUCGAUAGCCCAACCAAAAAGCAGGGUCUGAGCCCGCCUCUAGAUAGGGACUCUAUCGCGGUCGAAGAGAAGCGCCGCGUCUUUUGGAUGGCGUACCUUCUGGACCAUCUCAUCAGUCUGCGUGACGAUUGGCCCAUCACGCUGAAUGAGCACGUGAUCUGUACCCGACUUCCAGCGCCCGACUCCGACUUCCAGAACGGGUGCCAGGAGCUAGGGCCGCUGCUCUCCGAAGCCAUGACGGACGCUUCGCUCAGGCUUCGAUCUCCCUUCAAUGAGUGUCUCAUCCUCGCUACCAUAUGCGGCCGUAGUCUUCUCCAAAGCCAGCAGUAUCAAAUAUCUACGGCUUACGGGGGUACGCCAGUCGACUGGGCAGAGCAGCAGAGAUGGAUAAACACACUCCUCUUAAAUCGGCUUCAAGUGUUGUCGCAGUACUAUCCCGCGCCGACCGAGUCGAACGACCCCUUGCUACUCUUUGCGCAUAUUGUGGCGCAGGCAACUGUGAUAUAUUGCUGCAAAACUAUGACAGACUCGGCCACAUUACAAGAGUCCUCGGAGAGAACCGGCGACUAUAACCAUGCUCAUCGAGCCCUGGGGGCAUCUGAGCGUAUUAUUCACCUAGCAAAGACACUUCCCGAGCUACCUAUAUCGAAGGUCCACCCUUUGAUGCCCCUGCCCUUAUUCCUGUGUGCCGAGUUCCUGUAUGACAGGAUGAGCACCGAUCCAGCCGUUCAUCUGCCCAUCCAGGAGCUUUUCGACGUUUUUAGUAGGCUUAGAAACGUCAAUGACCUUGAGAAGAGCUACUUGGACCUGCUACCACGGUCUUGUCUAUCGAAAACCGCGGAGAUGGUUGGCCUCUGUUUUGAUACGAGCUCGAGUGGUCCUAGUUCAUAACACUUUCCCCGGCCCUAUCUAAAAAAAAUAACAGCUCUUUCUCUCCUUCGAUAAUUUCUAUAAUUUAGUGGCAAAUAUAAGUGAUCUUGAAAAUAGGCCUACGAGCCCUUCAAUUACCAAGGCCGUCU